GCCCCGCCUCGAUGCCUUGCCCCGCCCCGAUGCCUUGCCUCGCCAGAUAAAUCAGGUACUGCCAGAAACCGCCUUCAACUUCCUCAUCGAGGAUCAGCAGCAUUUGGAGGAUCUUUUUAGGACGACGGACGCCGCUGUGUGGAUGAUCAGCAGCUUGGAUGAACUACACGAAAAUUGGCCGAAAAUGUUGCUGCCUCACGUCUGGCGGUAUUCUGAUUUUAACCCCGAGGGGAAAAAAGUUGUUGGUUAUGAUUUCAAGUAUUACCUAGUCUUUUUCGACGAUGGAAGCGAUCUCCGCGUAGACGUUAACAAUUGCAUUGAUUACAUCGAAGAAGAAGAGGCGCUGCCGCGGUUCCUCAAGAAUCAACUACGCAUGGCAGGGCUCGUCACGCCAGGUGUGGGCUUUCCCCUUUCCCCACCCUACCCAACGGUCACUGCAAUGAGAAAAUUUAAAAUGCUUGUAAGAAAUGCCAACAUCUUCAUCAUUAUGAUGGCCACUCGCAAUGUGAAUGACUUCUUAGAGGACGCCGCCCUGCACCACAAAUACGCUUUCCGCAGCCGAGAAACUCCAAUGUCCGAUGUGGACAAGCGGCUGGUGAUGAUGGCCUCGUGGAAUACUUACGUCAUAGUUCUGAAAUUUAUGGUUAAAACUUUAUUUGAAAAUUGUCCGUCACUGCCGGUGAUUAUGUUGAUAACUCACCACCCCCUCCUCAGGACGUUCAUCUUGCAUUUGCUUGUAAGGCAUUUCGUGCUGGCGUAUUGCGCCUCAUCUCCUGAUACUGAUAUUAGUGAACAUUUUAUCAAUGUUGGUGAGCUGUUGAUGCUUGAUCUCCAAAAUAUAGUGAGACGUGAGCUGAAUAUAGUCAAGAGUAAUGUCAUGGUGCCAUAUUUAGCAUUAUUGAUUAUUCAAAAUAUAAUCACAGCCAUCAGAUUUUCUAUAACUGCUUCUUUUCGGUCAUAACCAAUAAUUUAUCAAUGGUUUGGCUCUUUUAAAAUGUUUUAUAAAUUCCUUCAUUUGAGUUUUGUUGGAAGAUUAUUUGAUAACUGUUAUAGCCUGGUUCGUAUAAAACUUGUCCUAUAUUUCAUCAUAAAUCAUGUCAUGGCUAGAGAAGAAAAAAUUAGAAUUGUGUUAAACUUAAAUGGGUGUGCCUAUUUGGUAAAGAACUGGGGAAAAUAAUACAUUUUUUAUGCAUGGCUGUCAUUUUUAAGAAAAAUAUCAUAGAAGUUUUGCCGUAGUGAUUUUGAAUUUUCAUCCCUCACGAGCGUUGUUACUAGAUUUAUAGUGAUUUUUGUUUGUUGAAUUCAUCAUUCCUGUUUUAAAAAGAGCGCAAUUGACGGAUGACGUGACAAAAUGUUCCGAUUUUUCUUAGAUUGUUAUAAAUUGACUAUUGAAUCAUUCAAUGAUUUUAGUGCCUUAGGUUUUUACAUUGUUGUGCCCCUUCAUUGACGAAUAAAAAUAUUUAUGAAAA